AUGCAUCGGAAGUUCGGAACUUUGCGCGCGGUGUCGGGUCAUCCCUCGCUGACACGCUCCAAACCACCCCCCCAUGUCUCGACUACUUUUUCUUGUGAGCAGAGCUGAACGAACACGGUCAAAAGAUUUGCGUCGUACCUCUUGCGCCACCUAAACCCCGUCUACAACCUAUCAGCGGUAAAUCCACACCCAAGGGCAAAUCCAACAAAACUGUGGAUCGUACCCGCUCUUCCGCGGCGCAAGUCGUCGCCCUAGCCGGCGCUCGUUCCCCAAAAUCAAGCAUGUCGUCCACGCAGACCUGGAUCCGAGGAACAUGCAAGGAAACAGCGGAAAAGUUUGAUGUUUCGGAAGAGGAUUGCGUACAGGUUUCGGUUGUGAGGGAGAGUUGUCGGAGUGAGUUCUUUCGUCACUGCAGCUACGUUUGA